AUGGCAUGCGAGCGGCGCAAAGCAAACGACGAAGUAGAACUACGUCGCGUUUUCGAACCAGAUGGCAGCGCUAAACCGUCUCAAGUUGCUGUAACUCGCGCACGCAAAGAACUAUCCGCGUUGCGACGUGAGAUUGAAACUUAUGUGAAAGUGAAUGCAGUUGAGGAAAAGCGAUCAGAACAACAAAAAUCAUCAAACACAGACGUUACUCAUUACGACCCGUUUGUUCUCUACGUGUGUGCAUUGGUCUAUUGCCGAUUGGGAAUGGAACCAAUUGCGAUAAAGUUACUGGUCAUGGCUAUUCGCCUGAAUACGUGCUUAUGGCCAGCUUGGUUCGAACUGUCACAGUUAAUCAAAGAUAGAGAGCAAAUGACUGCGUUGAAGAUACCCUCGGGACCGGAUAUUUGGAUGAAUUAUUUUUUUGAAGCAAAGGUAGGUUGA